UGCUCCGUCCACACAGCUAUUACCAAUUUCACAAGCCGUCGUAUUUCAUUUUUCUCCGUUUCUUUUCACCUCUUUCGUAGAGAUACAAUAAACAUUACAUAAACAUUCAACUCUACAAGCCAGAUAACAGAGACAAACAAAACCCUAGCGUCUUUAAAUACUUUCUUCUCUCAAUCCCUUAUUCUUUUUUCUCUCAGUCGUCUUUUUCUUUUUGUUUUCGGCGAUGAUGGAAGUGAAAACUCGAACAGUUCGAUCACUUGUCAACAAAUUAAGUUCCGUUUCAGAGAAAUCCCAGAUCGAAUCAAUUUGUGAGCUUCGAUUAAUGUCUAAACAUGAUCCAGAAAGUCGUUCAUUAAUAGCAGAAUCAGGCGCUUUACCAAUCCUAACAGAAACCUUAUUUUCAUCAUCAGAAAUUGCACAGGAAAAUGCAGUUGCAACUCUUUUAAACAUCUCAAUUUCAAAUAGAGAUCUUCUAAUGUCUACGCGAGGUCUUCUCGAUGCUCUUUCUCAUCUCCUUCGUCUUCCUUCUGCUACUCCAUCAUCUAUUCAAACAGCUUCUGCAACUCUUUAUAGUCUUUUAGUUGUUGAUCAAUACCGUCCGAUUAUUGGUGCUAAACGUGAUAUUGUUUUUGCUUUAAUUGAUAUUAUUAAGAAUCCUAAUUCUCCUCCUAGAUCAAUCAAAGAUGCGUUAAAAGCUUUGUUCGGAAUCUCUCUUUACCCAUUGAAUCGUUCUACUAUGAUUGAUCUUGGCGUUAUAUCUGCUCUCUUUGCUUUGGUUGUUAAAGAUGGUAGAAUUGGUAUUGUUGAAGAUGCGACAGCUGUGAUUGCUCAAGUUGCUGGUUGUUAUGAAAGUGGCGAUGAAUUCAAAAGGGUAUCUGGAAUUGGGGUUUUAAUGGAUUUAUUAGAUUUCUCCACCGGUUGUAGUUCUAGAACUAGAGAGAAUUCUGUAUCUGCUUUAUUGAAUUUGAUUCAAAGUUGUGAUGAGGUUAUGACUCUUGAGAUUAAAAAAGUUUGUUCUUCAGCUGCUUUAGAUGGAGUUACUGAUAUUGUUGAAAAUGGAAGCUCGAAAGCUAAAAGUAAAGCCUCUUCAUUGUUAACGAUUUUGGAUAAAGGAGGAUAUCAAGAUCUAUAUGAGAUACGGGAAUGAAGCUUUUACCGGUUUGAUUUCCUUUUCUCUUUUACUGAAAUCAUUCUUAUUAGUUUUUCAUUUGUUGUAUAAUAUUUUCAUGAAAAUUAAGCAUGUCUGUACAUAAUCAAGCCCUGUGUUGAUUUUUUUUUUUUUUUUGACACAUAGUACAGAACAUCCUAAUAAAUCUAUGCAUGAAUUUGCUUAUUCUUGUGUAAGGGGAUUUGGGAAUUUUAAUUAUAUGUUUACUUCAAUCCAAAAAUAUGGGCAUCUCUUUUGUUUCUUUCCUUCUGUAGUUAUUUUGUUUUUGGCCAGUAAACGAUGGCAGCCAGAGAUUGUCUGUUGGCCCCGUGACCAUGAAGGAACUGGAAAAUAGGAUUGAGCUGAAUUGGUCAUUCUUAGACUUAAUAGCUCCACUACCGUUUUCGACGUGCUGUGGGAUGGGAUUCUAAGCUGCCAUUGAGGAUUUUUACCACCACACGAAAGCCAGUUUCAAAGCAGGAAGUGUAAAGCUCUGCCGCUACGAAAGGGUUAGGUCGGCUGAGAAGGCAUACUUCUUAAUGAUUCUUCAAUGUGACGGUCUAUUUUGGCAUUUAAUGGCGCGACCAGUUGGAUAAACAUAUGGUUUGUGGAUCCAUAGUCAAUGUUGCAAAGUCUACACUCAUCCUUCAGUUUUCAUACCACUGAAAAUGAAAUCAUGAAGCGUAGAAAUGGUUGCCCAAUUUCGGAUUUGUUUAUCUUUCAAGUUAGCCAAAUAUGGGAUUAAUGAGUUUACCUAACAUAGGCUACCUAACAAAAAGAUUAAUCAUAUAUGCCCAAAAUAAUGAAUUAGCAAGGGAUGUUGGAAAUGUUGUCAUAUUAGGCGACCUGUAAUGAACCGGCGGAUAUGGUAGCAGUUAGCCAAAAUAUCAUCAGAUCCACCAUAGUUUCUUUUUUAUCUCUGAUGUUGUUAACGAAGAGAAAACUGGUGUAAGCGUAUCAUUUCAACGUUUCUCCGAACGAAGAUUUUCUUCUGUUGCAUAAAAAAGAACAAGAAAAACUAAAAGAUUGAUUAAUUAGAGAUGUAAUCUCAUUACCGAGAUCCAUAGUCAAUGUUACACAUAUUGUUGUCAUACAUAUUGCGUGUUUCUGGUCAACCGUGUUUCCACGAAACUACACAUGAAUUCAAAACAAAUUGCAGUCGGCCGUUUUCAUCGUUUUA